CUGCCUUACAAUUUAUGGUUAGAUACUGUGCCUUUCUCAACUGUCAAUGGGCUUACGUCCCAAAAGCUCGCUUUCAUGCCAUCAGAGAUGGAGAACACUACACUCAUUUACGCUCUCUUGGGCAUCUGCUCUGCAAUCCUGGUGGUCGCCGUUUCCCGCGUUGCCUACCCAAAACCAUAUCCGGGCAUCCCGUACAAUAAGCAGUCAGCGAGCCGUAUUGCGGGUGAUAUCCCCGAUCUGGUUCCGGUAAUCUCAAGUACCAAUGAGUUUUCAAACUCCAUCUUCACGAUAACGACGCAGAAGUUGGGCUCGCCAAUUGCCCAGUUUCUUUUCCCUGGCAUGCAAAAACCUCUUAUUGUUCUGGAGGAUCCUCGCGAGAUUGAAGAUAUUUUUCUCCGGCGCAACAAGGAAUUUGAUAAAGCUCCUAUGACCAUCAAUAUCUUCCAACCCAUGUUCCCGAAAGGCUCUCUUGCCCAGUACACAACGCCCGAGCUUAGAGCCCAAAAGCGACUAUGGGCGGACGUUAUGACCGCUAGCUUUCUUCAUAGGGCUACCGCACCAAGAAUACACAAAGCUGCACUCGAGCUCGUGGAGUUAUGGCGCCUGAAAGCGACUACCAUCUGUGCCAACAAGCCCUUCCCUGUUCUUGAUGAUAUAUUAGACACUACGCUUGAUGCUAUCUGGUCAUCGGUACUUGGUGACGAGGCCGGAACGAUGGACUACUCGAUCAAAAAACUCCAGAGCGAACUCGAUAGCAAGCCCCGAGACCUCACACCACCGCGAGGGACCUUUAUCCGGGAGCAGGUGGACUAUAUUUCCAACACUAUUUCUCAAGUGUCCAAUACCCCUUUGCCCAAAUGGGCGGGGAAGAUCGUGACGUACACUCCCCGUUAUCGGAAGUUUCGCCGAACAAUCACAAGAGAAAUUAGUUCACUCAUGAAAGCUGCUGUUGAAAAGUUCCAGAAACUGGAGCUCGAGAGUUUGGACAAUGGUGACGCAGAUCAAUGUAUGAUGGAUCUAGUGCUACGCCGCCAAGUGUUACAAGCAAAAAAGGGAAAUAGCCCCCUUGUUGACCCAACGAAAGAUGAGAGUAUGCUUGAUGAAUUAUUUGUUCUUCUUGUUGGAGGCCACGACUCAACAGCAAAUGUAUUGACUUGGUUCAUCCGAUUCAUGGAGGCGUAUCCGGCUGUUCAGACUCAACUUCGGAAGGCCCUCAACACCGCUUUUCCAGGAAACAAGGUGCCAUCUGCUGAGGAGAUAGUCCACUCAGAUAUACCGUAUCUCGAUGCUGUGAUCGAGGAAGGAUUCCGAUUUGCGGGUGUUGCUAAGGCAAGUCUUCGGCAGGCUCUUGUUGAUACAUCAAUCCUAGGCUGUCCAGUACCGAAGGGUGCGGAGAUUAUCAUGAACUAUCAUAUAAACCGGCCGCCUAUUCCUGUCGAUGAAUCCAAACGUUCUGAGACCUGCCGAGCAAAUGUCGUCAAAACUGGGGAUGGACUUCAAGGAAGGGCAGGCUUUGAUCUUGAUAAGUUUGAUCCCGGGCGAUAUAUAAUCAAGGAUAGAGAGACAGAGAAAGAAAGAUUCAAUCAGCAUGCUCUACCCUCGAUAGCAUUUGGAGGAGGCUACAGAGGUUGCGUUGGGAGAAAACUUGCCACUCUCGAGUUCCGGAUUGUGAUCACGCUUCUAGUACUCAAUUUCGAAUUCGUGGAUCUUCCGGAGGACAUGAAGAGUAUGGCAGCCACAGAGAAAAUCUUCAGACAGCCCGAAAAGCCUUUUGCUAAGCUCAAGGUUUUGUAA